UACCUGACUCGACUCUCAAUUGUACAAAAUUCGACAACUUUUGUUUUGAUUUGUGUUCUGCGAUGAUGACAACGUAGCGUAACGUAAAACCCCAUCUUAUAUUCAUUCCUUCAUCAUCAUUCCUAUCCUCAAUCCACCCCAAUCUUCUUUCUUCCUCUCCUUUCCUAUUUUCAGUGAAAAAUUCAAUGGGUAGUACUUCAUCAAUGCUAACUCAAUAUGAUAUUGAAGCUGUUCAAGAACACUGUAACCAUCUAUUUUCCCAGCAAGAAAUAGUGUCUUUGUAUAGGAGGUUUUGCCAACUUGAUCGGAAUUCCAAGGGUUUUAUCUCAGCCGAUGAAUUUUUAUCGGUACCUGAAUUUUCAAUGAACCCUCUUUCUCAGAGGCUGAUUAAGAUGGUGGAUGGUUUGAAUUUUAAGGACUUCGUAGCAUUCUUGUCUGCUUUUAGUGCCAAAGCCAGUGUACCUGAGAGAGUCAAACUUAUCUUCAAAGUCUAUGAUUCGGAUGGUAAUGGGAAGGUGACUUUCAAUGACAUAUUAGAAGUGUUGCAAGAUUUGACUGGCUCAUUCAUAUCAGAUGAGCAAAGAGAGGAAGUUUUGUGCCAAGUUUUGAAGGAAGCUGGUUAUACGAGGGACUCUACUUUACUGUUGGCCGACUUCAUUAAGAUUCUUGGCAAACCUGGGCUGAAAAUGGAGGUUGAAGUUCCAGUUGACUAAGCUGAGCCUUGUGGUUCUUCUGUAAUUUGACUCAAGAUGAGCCUUCAAACCUGUAUUAUUUUUCUUUUCUUUUUUCAAAAAAGAAAAGCAGUAUAUAUAUGAAUUAGAAUAAAGAAUAAGCAAUGUGGAAUACUAUAAAAGUUGAGCUUAUUUGUAAAUUAGUCCUAGUUAUGCCCAACCCUUACAUUUUUGUAAUGUUUUAUGAGUUUUAUGAUAAAAUGUUACUUUUUUGCCCUCCCAAAAAAA